GCCUCUCUGAGCACAAACCAUCCAAUUCUCCCACACUUUCAAGUGUUCAGCUACACCACACUUGUAGCCUCUAGCUGUUGCUAACCAAAAUAUAUACUACUCCCAGUUAUUAUUAAGUUGCAUGGCAUCCUGGACUGCUCAGCAAAACAAGGCUUUUGAGAAGGCUCUGGCCAAGUAUGACAAAGACACUCCUGACCGCUGGUACAAUGUUGCCAAGGCUGUCGGUGGCAAGACAGCAGAGGAGGUGAGAAGGCAUUACGAGAUACUUGUCACAGACGUCAGGCGCAUUGAGAAUGGCAAUGUGCCCUUUCCCAAAUACCGCACCACUGGAGGGUGAGAAAGCUAAAGCUCAGUCGAAACGGGUAGCAACAAAUAAAGAGGCAUCAAUCAAUGCAACAAGAAGCGAUUCUUGCCUUCAUCACUUACUUCCCUUUGAAGUUCUUCUUUUUUUCCUUUUCGAGGUGAUAUAAAAUUAUCACCAGUGCCUCCUGUUCAUUUUCUUGUAUACUUGUAAUCGAUCAUCAAACAAGCUCUAAAGGAAACAAUACUUCUUUCUAGCUAUACAUGCUAUGUAUCUCUACCCUCCUAUGUGUCAUAUUUAUGGGAAAGAUAUAAUUCCAAACGUUAUUUCAACAGA